AUGGACUCUGUAACACCAAGAAAUAUAGCAGAAUUACCCACAGAUCCAUCUGUUGAAGAACAAUACACGUCCACAGUUAAUUUAGAAAAGAUUCUUAAUAACGAUGCUAUGAAUAACGAAGACACAACGGAGCUUCCAAAACCUAAAAACAUAACAAAAUCAAGCCAAUCCAAACAAAAACUUCGUCGAAUUAAAAUGAACCAAACUCAGCUGACCAUCCUGAACAAAGCAUAUUCCAAAAACAGGUACAUCACGGCGGAACAGCGUAAGCAAUUCUCACGAAUGUUGGGUGUUUCUGAGAAAAAGAUAACACGUUGGUUUGCAAAUAAGAGAUAUGAAGAGGGGAAGAGGCUAAAGAAAAAAGAGCAAUCCGAAGAGCUGUGGAAAAAUCUCCUCUCAAAUGUAGUGGAUGAUGUUCAUGUUAAAACGUUUCUGGAUUUGGUAAAGUAUAUGGACAAGUACUGCAACCAAGGUGAUUGUUUAUUUAUCUUGGACUCACCAAAUACCACAACACUAUCUUGA